ACAUUUCAACAUGUUCCAGCAGUCUACAGUCAAGAUAAAACAAAGCCGCACUAGCCCCUGUGAAAUACGGAUAUUUUUCGUUUAUCAGUUCAACUUAAAUAUUUACACUUUAUCAGGACAAGAUUUGCGCAAUAUUACAAAGUCAUUCUGUGUCUCCACCCAGAGUAAGAAAUUCAGACAGGGGAUUUUGUGCUGAAACGAAUAACACAGUAUCACCAUGGCAAUGUCAAACAUUGUGAUAUCUAACUAGCCGAUGGGCGGGAGGCAGAUGUUAAUAGGCUCAGUGGAAGGGCACAGAGACUGGGACUCUGGUCUUUUUUCCUGCUGUACCGACUGCAAGUCAUUAAUUUUGACAUACUGUUGUCUACCAUGCGCCCUGUGUAAUAUAUCAUCUCGUGUUGGUGAAUGUAGCUGUAUGCCAUGGUUCGUCCCGGGUGCUCUGGUUGCCCUGAGGACCCGAAUCCGAACCUUAGGUGGAAUACAGGAGUUGAAUUGGAUGAUUCUCUGUAUAAGUCGUGGAAGAUGUACAAAAGUCCUCAGAAGGUCCAGGAAAAUUCUAGUCAACUGAAAAUACCUCUCCAAAAGAAGUCCGUUAAUCUGAAAAAGAGAAAACAGGAGCAAUACUUCGUUAUUUCUUGUAAUGAAGCAUUUAACGCAAAGCAGAAAGCCUACGAAGAAAAGGAACUUAAGAAAAGACAGUUAGAAGAGCGUAAAAGAACAAGGGUUCAACAGAAGGAGGAAAGAGAAAAAAUGAAACUUGAAAAAGCUCUUAAGAAAAUGAAAAGGGAAUGAACUGUAACCCAAUCAAUAAGUGUCAUUAUGUUCGAGUACUUUGGCUAUAACGUCGAAGUUACACAAUAGCAGUAGAUUUAACUCGAUGUUGAUUUACUCGUUUAUAGAUCUAUGUCAAAACAUAAAACAACUUAAACAAAUUAAAAUAAGCUAGACGUAAAUAGCACAAGUUAAAUGUUUAGAAGAACUGAUACUGAAAUUGAAAAAAUAUCUAGUUCAGUUGUACAUACCGGUAUGUCACAUUUGUUAAAGGAAUAAUUACAGUACAAAAUUAGUUGUGUAGAAUUAUGUACGCAUUUGAUAUAUGUGUAAACCGACAACGAAUCGUAUUCCAGUGCGUGUUCUUCGGACAAUUAACCUUGAUAUUUAUACUUACCACUCGGACAUCUGAUUUGAAUUACGUCUAUAGUUUAUUAAGAUUUUGAUUGACAGAAAUGUUAUGUCAUGAAUGAAAUAGUAAACAUAUAUUGAAUGA